CACACACAUUUUGCAAAGAAUAUCUGACGGCUCGUAUUGAUUUAGGCAUUGUGCAAGACCUGCACGGCUUAGAAGUUGAAACCCCUUCCCGGAAAAGAGUUCAUUCAGAAACCCCGACGAACCAAAUUUUCAAAUUUUGUUUCCGAUCUCUGAAGAAGAGAGUGAUGGCGGAACCUUGGAGAAACAUCGACGUGGAGAACCUGAUCUCGUACAGCGACGACCUCGUCAAGGUGUUGUCGGAGGGUCCGCGCGACCUCAACAACCUCUCUCACUCUCUCCAACAAACACGCGCCCUUUCUUCCUCCUGCGACUCCGACCUCAAUGAAGCUCGCUCCUUCCGCCAAGACUAUCAGAACAAAGUAGAUGCAUGCAAGCAGAAAAUAGAGGAAGCUAGAUCCGAGACUGCUGCUGAUGGAGACCUGGAUCUUCUACAAAGAGAACUGGAGGAAGAACUUGAGAAAGAACGCUGGUUGAAAGAGGAGUUUAGAGCCAUCGGCGAUGAGUUUAAUGAUCUAGAACAGCAAUGGAUUUCUGUCCAAGAGCAAAAGAAGACCAUACAGACAAUUGAGAAAAAUAAGCAGAGGACACAGAUGGUACUUUCAAUGUAUGCUUCUGUCACAAAUAUUGUGCCUAACUUGGAUGAACAGUCCAAAAUUUCAGGCUAUAUUGUGGAAAAGGAUAAAAACGCUGUUGAGAAGUUUGAAUAUGACACCUCAAAUAUGACUGCCCUUGAUAUAUGUAAUGGUAUUUGGAAAAUAAUAAGUGAGUGAUGCAUGUCAACUAGAUAAGUUGAUACAUGCAACAAUGUAUUAUUUCUCAGUUUUGAGUGGCAAAUUAGCGAUCCUGCAAUUCAGUUACAUAUUGGUGUAAGAAUUCAAUGUCUUAAUUUAUUGUGAAUGACAAUCUUGCAAUGUUGAUAUUGACUACUGAGAGGGGGCAAUAUAGCUUGCAAUCAGUUUCAUCGAGUGUUUUUUCAUCAGUAAUCAGACACUAGUUUGAAUCUUUUCGGAGUUGGCCACUUGUUCUAUCAACUAGUAUGCAGUACACUUGAGCAUAUAUAAGAAAUUCAGCUGUUUCAAGCCUGCAGAGGUCCCUGUGAAUAUUCUAGUGCUGGAGCAGUAUUUUCUCCUGCGAUCACAAGGCGAAGACUCUACCCAUCCAAAAUGAUGAAUAUAUAUAUAUAUAUAUAUAUAUAUAUAUAUAUAUAUAUAUAUAUAUAUAUAUAUCCAGUUGCUUCAGUUUUCACUUAGCACAUUUCGUGGGUUAGUUGAAACUUCAUUAAUAUACUUUUAUCUGUUGGACUUUGUACAUUACCUAUACUUUCCAAGUUGGUUUCAGAAAAUAUGUAAUACUUGUAAAUGGUAGGAUAUGGUAAUGUAUGGCGUGAUA